AUGCUACCAGGGAAGAGAUUUUCCACUCGAGGACUGGUCACCCCAAGCUCAAAAGUGGACCGUAUACUGUCCCAUGAUUCCGUAACCACCAUACCCGAUCGAGACAUGAACGAAGUAUCAUGCAACCCUACCCCUUCGGACUUCAAGAAGACUUCGGCCCCCAUGAAUAUUCUUCAACACAUUAAUCCGCAACAAAACCAUGAUUAUGAGACUCCUGAAUACGGCGGCAGACUGUUUUGGACAUCUGAGACUUCCGGAUCCUCGCCAGAUUCUUUACUGAUGAACUCGGGCGACUCAUCAAAUUCCUCUCCAACACCGGCCCCUUUGGAGGACCAAACUCAAUCAGAAACGUUCGAGCACUUGCUCAAUGCAUUCCUGAUUACUGAAGUCGAACGCGACUUGAUAGCUGGUCUACUCGGCGCGAAGGCUCCUCAACCUGCGGAUGAGAGAUUGACUUUGACUGGGAAACGAUCGGAUGAUCAUACCCAGCUUGAGCUGGACCUCGGGGCAGAUACUUUUUUAAGGUACGAGAGCGCCCUCUACUGCAACCAGUGGAUAGACCACCCUGGCUUGAAUUGA